AUGGCAAUCAUCAAGGGAGGCGCGCGCCAGUCGCUCACAGUGGUGGACAACCGCACGGGCAAGACGUACGAGGUGCCGAUUACGAGAAACUCGGUCCGGGCCACCGACAUCAAGAAGAUCAAGGCCUCAGCCCAGGAGGGCGACCGACCGGAGGACGAGACGAACCAGGGCCUGCGCGUCUUCGACCCGGCGUACAUGAACACGGCCGUGGUGCAGAGCAGCAUAACGUACAUCAGUGGACAGGAUGGCAUCCUGCGGUACAGGGGGUAUCCGAUCCAGCAGAUGGUGGACCGGAGCAACUUCCUGGAGUCGGCGUACCUGCUCAUCUACGGACAGCUGCCCACGGCGUCGCAGUACGGGCAGUGGCAGGACGAGAUCAUGAACCACACGUACAUCCACAGCGACAUCGAGGGCAUGUUCAAGUCGUUCCGGUACGACUCGCACCCGAUGUCGAUGCUGACAUCUGCCUUUGCUACGCUGGGCUCCUUUGCGCCCGAGGCGAACCCUUCCCUCGAGGGGUCGAAGAUGUACACGGACGCGGCCAAGGGCGACGCUGCCGCGCUCGCGGUGCUGGACAAGCAGAUCCUGCGCAUAAUCGGCAAGGCGCCCACGCUAGCCGCGGCGUCGUACCGCAUGCGUCAGGGAAGGCCCUUUAACCGGCCGGCCCAGGGCCUUUCGUACACGGGCAACUUCCUCUACCUCCUCGACCACCUGUCGGGCCACGAGUACCGCCCCCACCCCGUGCUGGAGAAGGCCCUCGAUGCCCUCUUCAUCAUCCACGCCGACCACGAGGUCAACUGCUCCACCGCCACGGUCCUCCAGGUGGGCAGCUCGCUCGUCGACCCCUACAGCGCCGUGGCGGCCGGCUGCGCUGCGCUGUACGGCCCCUCGCAUGGAGGGGCCUCGGAGAGCGCCAUCCGCAUGCUCAUGGAGAUCGGGUCGCCCGAGAACGUCCCCGGCUUCAUGGAGAAGGUGGAGAAGAGGGAGCGCGUGCUGGUCGGCUUCGGCCACCGCGUCUACAAGAAUGUCGACCCGCGAUCCACGGCGAUCCGAAAGCUGGCCGAUCAGGUCUUCGAGGUUACCGGUCGGAACAACCUGCUCGAUACGGCGCUGGCGCUCGCCGAGUACGCCAACAAGAGCGAGUUUAUGCGUUCGAGGAACCUGUAUCCCAACGUCGACUUUUACUCGGGCCUGAUCUACCAGGCUAUGGGAUUUCCUCUCGACUUCUACCCAGUCCUGUUUGCCGUCCCCCGAUGCGUAGGAUGGCUGGCCCACUGGAGACAGCAGAUGCUGGACAAGGGCGGUGUCAAGAUCUGGAGGCCUCGUCAGCUGUACGUCGGCAGCGGCGAGAGGGACUACGUCGACAUUUCCAAGCGCGAGGAUGCCGGGGAGGAGUUUGGCGCGCCGACAAAGGUCAAUCACGGCGGUGAUUCCAAGAGAAAUAAGCUUGCGACGCUGAAGAAUGAGCACGGUGAGGUCAUAAAGCCCAGACUGUGA